AUGGGUAAUCAACAAGGCAAGGCUGCAGAGGAGAAUGACCCACAGAAGAAGAAGAGAGAACAGGUGUUGGAAGAACUGGUACAGACAGAGAAGUCAUAUGCCAACUAUUUGUCGGUGAUUGAGGAUGUGUACAUCAACCCAAUGUCAAAGAAGAAUGUGAUUAAUAAGGAGAGUCACAAGGAGCUGUUUGCAACUGUACAGCCCAUCAUUCAAUUCCAUCGUGACUUCUUCUACGAGUUGGCCAUCUCCUACAACUCGUUCACAUGGGUCACCAACCCCAUCCCAGUCACUCGCACAACGACCAACGACGACGGCACUACCACCGUCACAACGACCACCGUCGCCAAGACCACAGGCAAGAAGCCUGCCAACACCUUUGAGUCAAUCGUUGCCAUCGUCGAGAUCUUUAACAAGAAUAAGAACACCUUUAAGAUAUACAGUGACUACAUCGUGUCAUAUGAUGGCAUCAUUCAGACACUGAGCAGACUAAGGAAGAAAUCCUCCGUUGCCACUUUCUUAGAUAAAUGUAGAUCAGAUCCUCAGAGCAAUGGUCAGGACUUGAACUCAUUGUUGAUCAUGCCAGUCCAAAGACUGCCAAGAUACGUCCUACUCCUCUCGGAAUUGCUCAAGAGCUCACCAGCAGGUAGCCCCAUCAUCAAGACAUUGGAAAGCUGCAUCAGUGGCAUUAAGAACGUCACUCAGUUCAUCAAUGAGGCCAAGAGAGACGACGAGAACCAGAACAAGCUCAAGGAGCUGCAAGAUACUCUCAUUGACAAAGUCAAUGUAAUGGAGCCCAACAGGAAGCUAUACUUGAAUGGUGAAUGCUUCAUUCACUCAAUGUAUCCAAUGAAGGAGGAGGAUGAGAUAUUGAAGCGUGUGCACAAGUAUCGCAAGGCAAAGAACAAUGCAUCGAUGACCGAGAGCAACAUCUUCCCAGACGAGUUCAAGCUGGCGGCCACCUAUGGAUUCUACGUCUUCAACGACAGCUUCAUCCUGAUCUCCAAGCCACCCAAGUCAUCGCUGUCCAACUUGAUCAACUCCUCCAAGGUGUGGAUCGUCAAUGACUGCUCCCUCCUCAAGGACACCAAGGUCAUCGAUGUUAUGGACAUAUUCAACUUCAAACACGCCUUGUUGCUGGUCACCGAGAGAUCAUGCUACUUUAUCCAAAUGUCCAACGAGGAGAACAAGCAGAGAUUGUUAAAGACAAUCGCCAUGGGUAGAGUGGAUUAUAAGAAGAACACUGCUGAUGCUGCUGCGGCAACUGGCGAGUCAUCAUCAUCCAGUCUACCAAGUCUACUGACAUUGAGACCACAACCUGGAGCCAAGAAUGCUGCUCCUGCCUCUUCGUCGACCAAGAGCUCAGUGUCACUGUCUGCAUCAAGCAGUGCCACUACCAAGAAGAAGGAUGCACCACCAGCCAGUGGUGGAUUCUUUACUCUUGGCAAGUCGAGUGGAACAUCAGCCAAGAAGUAA